GCAACAAUUGUCAUAAUUGUCAAAAAAUACUUAAACAUCGGCUGGUCGGAUAACGUCAUCUUUUGUAAAUAAAAUAAUUGUGAUUCCAUAGUUUUUGUAUAGUAAUUGUGAAAUAUCUACAGUAAAAUGGCAGAGCUACUGUCCGUGCCGUUGAAGAAACCUAGCGAUGUGGAUAUUGUAAAGCCUUUGAAAAACCUGAUCCAGUCUCGAUAUAGCACUGCUGACAAACCUGAGGACUGCUCAGAAGCCAUCAAUGAGUUCGCCAAAAUGCGCACGAACGCCCUAUGGAAGGCGUUCGAAAAAUACGAAAGCUCCUUGGAUCUUAUUUAUGGAUAUUAUGACCAAAUAGUAGCCCUGGAGAGCAAGAUCCCUCCAAAUGAACUCCAAGUUCCCUUCAAAUGGAAAGAUGCUUUUGACAAGGGGAAUAUCUUUGGCAGUAAAAUGAGUUUAACUAUCCCGUCAUUGAGCUAUGAGAAAGUAUGUGUCCUUUUCAAUAUAGCAGCUUUACAAAGUGGAGUUGCAGCCGCUCAAAGUGUGGACAAUGAUGAUGGCUUGAAGCUAGCUGCUAAGUUGUUACAACAAGCUGCAGGAAUCUUCAACUACUUGAAGUCAACAGUGAUGCUAUCAAUACAACAGGAUCCAACUCCAGAUCUGAAUCCAGACACCUUAGGGGCACUUUCUCAAUUGAUGAUAGCACAGGCUCAACAGAUGUUUGUGCACAAAGCAAUACAUGAUAGCAUGAAGGACUCUGUUAUCGCCAAAUUGGCCUCAGCCUGUGAGGAUUUGUAUUCAGAGUGCCUAAAGACUUUCCAAAGAGAGAACCUGAAACAUAUAUGGGAUAGAGAUUGGCUAUCAAUGAUUUCAGCAAAACAAGCAGCAUUUGGCGCUAUUGCAGAGUUGUAUCAGAGUAUGGUUUGCAAGGCCAGCAAGAGUAUUGGAGAAGAAAUAUCUAGAUUGCAGAGGGCUAGUGAAUUGUUCAAAGCAGCAACAUCUCGUUGCGGUAAGAGCCUGUUUGAAGAUUUGGCACUGAAAGCGGAAAGGAAUCUUGCAGAGGCAAAGAAAGACAACGAUUUCAUCUACCAUGAGAGGAUCCCCGAUAUCAAAGCUGUCGACCCUAUUGGCAAAGCACAACCAGCUAAAGUGUUGCAGGUUGCUUAUCCUAUGACCUCUAACUUCAAAGACCUGUUCACGGAACUGGUCCCUGUCGCCGUCCACCAAGCUCUAGCAUCGUACGAAAUCCGCAAAACGGAAAUCGUCAACACGGAAAUAACGAAAUUGCGCGAGGCCAAUCAACAGCUGAACAGCCUUUUGGCCAGUCUCAAUUUGCCUGCAGCUAUUGAAGUAACGGACGGAGGCAGUUCAGUGCCGCCCUCGUUGCUGGAGAAAGCCAGCUCUGUAGCUGGAUUGGGCGGGAUUCAGGAAUUGGAGAGGAUGAUCAACGAGCUGCCUGAAGCUCUGAAGAGGAAUCAGGAUAUCCUGGACGAGACCGAUCGAAUGCUGAACGAAGAAAAAUCCUCCGACGACCAGCUCCGUCAGCAAUUCAAAGAGAAAUGGACGCGAACUCCAUCCGAGAAACUGACGGAAAUGUUCAGGUCGAACUCGGCCAAGUACAGGCAGAUCAUCAACAAUGCGAUUCAAGCUGACAAAGUGGUCAAGGAGAAAUUCGAGUCUCAUCGCAGGGGCAUCGAGCUGUUGAGCGGGGGACCAGGAGCUAUCGAGGCAGCGCUGCCUACCGGAGCCAGUCAGAACUUGGGAGAUUCCUCGGCGGUCGCCACGCUCAGACAGCUCAUGGAGGAAGUAGAGACAAUCAAAGCAGAGCGCGAGGCAACCGAAGCGGAAUUGAAAAGUGCAACGACUGAUAUGAAAGAUUCUUUCCUUAGUGCUCUUGCUAAAGAUGGUGCUAUAAAUGAGCCUGCGCUUUCUUUCGACAAUCUAGGAAAAACAUAUGGCCACUUGCAAAAGCAAGUUCAGGAGGGCAUAGAGAAGCAAGGUCCUCUAAUUGAGAGAAUCAAGAACGCCCAUGCUCAAUUUGUCUCUGAAAGAGGUUCCUCAGCUGGCGGUAGAGAUGCCAUGAUGAGUUCCCUAGCUGCUGCUCACGAUGCAUACAGGGAUCUGUUGAACAACCUACAGGAGGGGACGAAGUUCUACAAUGACCUUACGCAGAUGUUGGUACAGUUCCAAAACAAGGUAUCAGAUUUCUGCUUUGCUAGGAAGACAGAGAAAGACGAGCUGUUAAAAGAUCUGACACAGGCAUCUAGCAGGACAGUUUCUACUCCGACCCCUGCAACACCUAGUUAUCAUCAAGAUCCGCCACCGUCUUCAGCUCCAUCCAACCCUCAACAGCAAGGUGCGCUGCCAUAUCCUACCCAAGUCCAAGGGAUGCCAGUACCAUACGGUGCCACUCCUCAAACUCCUUACCCGACGUAUAUGCCACCGCCAAUGCCUCAAGGGUACAACCCAUAUGCCACUAUGCCCUAUCCCUCAAACUACCAGUUCCCUCAAGGUGCUUACCAAGGACAUCCAGGAGGAGUAUAUCCUCCUCAACAAGGAGGUCAACCAGGCUAUGCUCCUCAACCUGGAGGUUACCCGAACGUUCCACCAGGUUCAUACGCUCCUGGUACAUACCCCUCCAACACUUGGUAAACAGUCAUAUAUACAUACUUUUAUAAUUUUCUAAUGUGAAUUUAGAUUACCUCUAAGCAGAUGCAAAACUUGAAGACCGAGUGCACUAUAGACGUCAAUAUGUUGCUUAGAUUUCCGUUGAGAGUAGAACGAUUGUUGUAUUUAUUUAUUAUGACAAUUUUCAACCUCAACCAUUGUUUAGCAUAUUCUCUACCUGGAGAUGGCUAUCCAUAUACCGUAUUUCGGCGCUUAAAAGGGAUCUGAAAUAUGCUAGCGCCAACUAUGAGGCAGUAGCAGAACACAAAAAUGAAUUUAUAAACCUACUUUGAAAAGAGCUGGAGUGUGGUUCUGCUGCUGCGUCAUAGAUGGAUCUAGCGUCUUUCAGUUCCCUUUUUGGAUGCCGGAAUAUCGUAUAUGGUUGGCUUUCUUCAGGUAGGAUAAUCAAUGCUAUCAACCCAGCAUUUUGUUGAACUUCAUAUAGUAUCUUUUAUCAAUGUGUUUCUAAUAAAUAGGAUUCUCCGUAAGUCUCUAUUUCUUUAUGCUUCUCAACGAUAAAAAUUGUUAAGGAUUUUCUUCUACUCUCAGUGGUGAAAUUACAACAAAUAGUGGAGAUUUUUAGCAUAUUGUGUUAUUUCUACUUUUUAUUGGUUUAGUCGAAUAUAAAUUAAUUAUCGUGCCUUAACAAUUAUUUGCACACAAAUUGAUUAUAUUGUGGAUUAUGUAAUUUUUGUAUCGACCUAUAUAUGAUAUUUUUGUCCAAUUCUUCUUAUAACACAAUGAUAAAACGGUGAAACGCUUCAAUUAUUAAUCGUUAGAGUAGUCGACAUAUAUUUAUAUUCCCCGUCUAUAAGACGCUAUACUUUAUGUAUAUUUAGUUAAGUAUAUUGUUGGAUUUAUAAGCAUUGAAAAAAUAUAAAUUAGUAUACAGUU